GAUUCACUGUGAAACGUUUGUUGCGAUCGCUUAAACAAAUUAAAGCUGGGCUUUGUUUUGCUGUGCUUUUUUUUUUUUGUGUAUUGUGUGCUGAUAGGGAACAAAAAACUAAAACAAUAGUAGUGCAACAGCACUAUUCUAUAAAGAAUAUAUAGUACAUCAUUAAAUUAUAAUUGUUUAAGCACCAGCAGUGAUCCCCUGACCGUAGUUUCCCGGACCCCAUUUAUUUUGAAUUCGCCGAAAAGACAUUAAAAAAAAAAACCAAAUACGCGAUUAUGUCGCGAAUUUUGGUUUUUUGUUUUUGUGUAUUUCAAUUGGGACUACUCGUGAAUGCCACUGGUCUGUACACGGUAAUCGGACCUGGCACCAUACGCUCAAAUUUUAAAUACAAUGUGGCCGUAUCCGUGCACAAGGCCGAGGGGAAGAGCAUCAUAAAGGUGGGCAUAACUGGACCAUCCUAUAAUGAAACAAAGCAGGUGGAGUUGCAGCCCAUGUCGACGACGAACGUUAAGUUCGAUGUGCCAAAGUUGGUGAAUGGAGAUUACAAUUUGACAGCAGCCGGAAUUGAGGGCGUUAUCUUCGAAAAUUCCACCAAAUUAAACUAUGCCGAUAACAAGCCAUCAAUAUUUAUACAAUCCGAUAAGGCAACCUAUAAGCCGUCGGAUCUUGUACAGUUCCGAGUUCUAUUUCUGGAUGAGAACACACGACCUGCGACCAUCGACAAGCCGAUUACGAUUGCAAUCACGGACGGAGCCCAGAAUCGCAUCAAGCAAUUGACGAACGUUCAGUUGACCAAGGGCGUGUACGCCGGAGAGCUGCAGCUGUCGGAGCAGCCGGUGCUAGGCAUGUGGAGCAUUGCUGUCAAUGUGGCGGACGAGACUGUGGAAUCCAAGUCCUUUGAGGUGGCCAAGUAUGUGCUGCCGAAAUUCGAGGUAAUUGUGGAAUCAGCCAAGGAUGUGGCCGUACAAGAUGGUGUCAUUAAGGCCACAAUUCGGGCCAAGUACACAUACGGCAAGCCGGUGAAGGGCAAGGCAACCGUCUCCAUUGAACCGAACUACAGCUACUUUAGACCCGGCGACAGCGACGUGAAUCAGAUGAAGACCAUCGAUAUCGAUGGAAAGGGUCAUGUCGAGUUCCCAAUCCAAGGCUCGCAAUACAACUCACGUUAUACGCCGCCCUUGAAGAUCUUUGCCGAGGUUGCCGAGGAUCUGACGGGCAACAAACAGAACGCAUCAACUGUUGUCACCCUGCACGCCCAGCGCCACAAACUUGAGGCCGUCGAUCCUGUGCGCUAUUAUCAUCCGGGCAAGGCGUUUGUCUAUCAAUUUGUUGUCAAAAAUUUGGAUGGUUCACCUGUACGAGAUGCAACGAAAAAGGCAAAACUGUCAUUUGAUUUGACGCAAAGAUUUUUCGUUUUCGAUAAACAUCCGAUUUCUUCACCUUCACCCGAGACCAUUGAGUUCGAAGCUCCUCUAAACGAGCACGGUAUUGCCACAUUUAAUGUUGUCCUGCCCGAAAGCGAGAAUCGCUAUUUGAGUGUCAGAGGAUUCUACGCGGACUCCGGCACUUACCUGGGCUCCAUAAACAAGUUUCAACCGACUAACGAAUCAUCUGAACCGCUUAAGAUUCAAGUUAACUCAAAAACUCCUAAGCUUGGCAACGAGGUUUCCUUCGAUGUGCAGUCAAACGAACAUAUUCCGUACUUCGUCUACGCGAUUGUCGCCCGUGGAAAUAUUGUAAAAUCCGAACAUGUCCAGGUACCAGAAGGUCGCAAGAGCUACACCGUGAAGUUUACGCCCAGCUUUGCCAUGGUGCCACAGUCCUCGAUCUAUGUGUAUUACAUCUUUAACAACGAGCUGCGCUUCGAAGAGCAGACAAUAGAUUUCGAUAAGGAUUUCGAGAACUCGAUUGAGAUUUCUGCUCCUCUGGAUGCCAAGCCCAGCGAGGAGGUCAAACUGCAAAUCAAAACUGAUGCCGACUCGUAUGUUGGUCUACUUGGCGUGGAUCAGAGUGUUCUAUUGCUGAAGUCGGGCAAUGAUUUGGCUCGGGAUGAUGUCUUUAAUAGCCUCAACAAGUACAAAACAUCUACGCCCUGGCAGCAGGGCUAUGGUCGGUAUCCAGGACAGUCUUCCGGUUUGGUAACACUCACAAAUGCCAAUUAUCCCUAUAAUUUCGUAAACAAUAUUAAGAAACUGGACGCGGGUUUCAUACCAAUAAUGAAAGUCAGUGGGGAAAGGCAGAGUGCCAACAAAAUACGAAAGACCACACAAAAGCCAAUUGAUACUGAAAACAUUUCCAAAGAGGGAACGAACCCAAAAUUGUCUGCCAUACGCGAAAUAUUUUUGGAAACUUGGAUAUUUCAAGGAAUUUUUACGAAAACCACGGAUGCAGAAGGCUUUACUUUGACCAAAAAGAUACCGGAUACCAUCACUUCGUGGGUUGUAACUGGUUUCUCAUUGAACCCAGUCACUGGAUUUGCUCUAACCCCGACUCCAAGCAAAAUUCGAGUGUUCCAGCCCUUCUUUGUCUCCACCAAUCUUCCGUAUUCUGUAAAGCGCGGAGAGGUAAUUGCCGUACCCGUAAUUGUUUUCAACUAUAUGGAUAAAGCGCUCGACGCUGAGGUCACAAUGGACAAUUCAGACAAGGAGUUCGAAUUCACAGAGGCUACCAACGAGGUUGAGGAAAAGACAAUAGAUGAAAUAAAACGCGUGAAGCGCAUUACCAUACCCUCGAACAAUGGUCAGAGCGUCUCCUUUAUGAUACGCCCCAAGAAAGUGGGAUCGAUCACCUUGAAGAUCACAGCUACAACUCCACUGGCGGGCGAUGCGAUUCAUCAGAAAUUGAAGGUGGAACCGGAGGGCGUUACGCAGUUCGGGAAUAAGGCUGUUUUCGUCAAUUUCAAGAACCAAUCCGAAAUGAGUCAAGAACUGAAGGUGAUUAUACCCACCGAAGCCGUUGAAGACUCUGAAUUUAUAGAGUUCUCGGUGGUUGGGGAUCUGCUUGGUCCCACUAUUAAGAACUUGGAUAACUUGGUGCGAAUGCCCUAUGGCUGUGGGGAGCAGAACAUGGUCAACUUUGUACCAAAUAUUUUGGUGGUCAAAUAUCUGGAUGUGACGGAUCGAAAAAUGCCCAACAUUGUCGCCAAGGCGAAGAAGUUCCUCGAAAUCGGUUACCAGCGUGAACUUACCUAUAAGCACGAUGAUGGCUCCUACAGCGCCUUUGGCAAAUCGGAUCCUUCGGGUAGCACCUGGUUAACGGCUUAUGUUGUGCGCUCCUUCCACCAGGCCGCUAAAUACACGGAUGUCGAUCCCAAGGUUAUUGUGCAGGGGCUGGACUUCCUUGCCUCUAAGCAGAAGGAUAACGGCGAGUUCCCCGAGGUGGGCAAGUUGUUUGACAAUGCCAAUCAGAAUGCCUUGGGACUCACCUCCUUCGUGCUGAUCGCGUUCUUCGAAAACGAAGAAGUCAUAUCAAAGUAUCAAGAGACCAUUGACAAGGCUCUGCAGUACGUUGCUCAAGAGGUGGACAAGACAGCGGAUCAAUAUUCCCUAUCGAUUUCGGCGGUUGCCCUGCAGUUAGCCAAGCAUCCGCAGGCAAAGAAAGUCUUGGCCAAGCUUCAGAGCGUCGCAAAACAGGAGGAUGGUCGCAAGUGGUGGUCCAAGGCUUCCGAAAAGCCCCGUACUGCCGAUGGUGGCUUAACCUAUUCGCGUCCCAGCAGCAAUGAUGUCGAAAUAACCUCUUAUGUGUUGAUGGCUUUAUUGGAUGAAGAACCAGCAGAUGCCCAGCUGCCAAUAAUUAAGUGGCUGAUCGCCCAGCGGAACAGCAAUGGUGGCUUCACCUCCACGCAGGACACAGUCAUCGGACUGCAAGCCCUGACAAACUUUGCCUCCAAGACCGGAUCUGGUACGGGUACGAUUGACAUUGAUUUCGUUUCGGAUAAUGACAGCAAGGGCAAUAUUAAAGUGAAUCCAGAAAAUUCACUGGUACUCCAGAGCCAUGUCUUGCCCAAGAUGACACGUAAUGUUAACUUCACUGCCAAGGGUCAGGGGUCGUCAAUGGUUCAAUUGUCCUACAGAUAUAAUCUGGCUGAGAAGGAUAAGAAGCCCAGUUUCAAGGUGACGCCUACUGUGAAGGAUACUCCCCUGCAGCAACUGAGUCUGGAGGUGUGCGCCGAAUACGUGCCACUCGAAAUGAACGACCAGCAGAAGGACUCUAACAUGGUUGUUAUGGAAAUAGCUUUGCCUUCGGGUUAUGUUGGCGACACGGAUAGCUUUGAGAAAAUUCAAGCGGUUGAUCGAGUAAAGCGCAUCGAAUCAAAGAACGCGGAUUCCACGGUGAUUGUCUACUUCGAUAGCUUGACACCGGGUGAUGUGAAGUGUUUACCUGUGGAAGGCGUCCGGGCGCAUUCGGUAGCCAAACAAAAGCCUGCCGCCGUUUCCCUCUACGACUACUACGAGACGGAUCGCCGUGCCACUGAGUACUAUCAUGUGAAGUCCUCACUGUGUGACAUUUGUGAAGGCACCGAUUGUGGUGAAGGAUGCAAAAAGGACAAGUAAUAUGCAGUUGUUCAUCCUCUAAUUUGCUAGAAUUCAAAGCAGUGACAUGAAUACCACACCCUUUAAGUGGAGCUCAAUAAAUGUUCAAUAAAAUAAUGUG